UACAUCAUAUGUUUUGUUUCGUUCGACCAAGUAAUCUGGCGGGGAGAGAUAGGACUUCGGUUUUGUCUUCACACGAAGAGAAAAGGUCUUAGAAAGAGAGACGGCCGGGAUUACUGCCCGGAGAGAUUGACGGCACCGGCUGUGGCGGUGGCGGUUGCAGCGAGGCCUCGAUGCUGUCCUCAACGGCGGCGUUACACGUACAUCCGGCGGUGAAACCGCUAUCCUACUUGCUCGGGACUUGGAGAGGCCAAGGCGAGGGUUGUUUUCCCACCAUCGCCUCCUUCAAGUACGGGGAAGAGAUCCAGUUCUCGAAUCUGGACAAUAAGAAGCCUGUGAUUGCUUAUUCCUCGAAAACUUGGAAAUUGAGCUCCGGCGAGCCUAUGCAUGCCGAGAGCGGUUACUGGAGACCUAAACCUGACGGCACAGUUGAGGUUGUUCUCGCACAGAGUACUGGUCUGGUUGAGGUUCAGAAAGGAACACAUAAUGCAGAAGAGAAAGUGGUGAAGCUUCAGAGUGAACUUGUGGGCAAUGCUUCUAAGGUUAGAGAGAUAACUCGGGUUUUUAAUUUGGUCAAUGGAGAAUUGGCCUAUGUGGUUGAAAUGGCUACCAAUCAAACUAGUCUUCAGAAACAUCUGAAAGCCUCACUCAAGAAGCUCUGAUGCCAUCUUCUUUAGCACUGCCACUCGUUAGAGAAGGAGCUAGCCGUCCUCUGAUGCUCUGCUUGUGUUGCUCGGUGAUGUCGUCGCCGCUGCUGCUUUCCUCUUUGUUAAUGCCCCUUUUUGCCUCGUCAUCAUCGCUGAUUCCUUGUAUACACUAGAAGCUCGUUGCUGCACUCACUCUCUUGAAGACCCAAAUUUGUCUCGCAGGUUGGUUCUCUUCGCUGGAAGCUCCUCAAAAAUCUCUGCCCAAAUCUUCAUCGAUAUUGCCUCAACACACCCUUCAUCUAUUCUACCUGCAAUCUUGUCGCUCUUCGUCGUCGAAGAUCCUCACCGCCCCAAAUAUUAUCCGCAGUUAACGGAGAUCUAUUCCGUGCUAGACAUUGAUCGGUGUUACAUACUUGAAGCCGCUUUUCAACUUACACAGGUUUGGGUUGGGUUUGGAUGAAAUUAGACAAUGGUUUUAAUUUUGUUAAACCAGUGAGUGGGAGGUGGGUAUUAAUUUUUUAAUGUAACUAAACCCACGUUUUUUAAAGUCAAAAUGAAAUUAAAUUUGUAUAUAUCAAAUUUUAAAUAUUUCGAAUUAAAUUUGUCCAAACAAGGAAAUUUUAAAUUUAAAAAGAAAAAUCUCAAAUUGAUUUAUAAACAAAAAUACCUAUUGAAACGCAUCUUUAAAUUAAUCCAAGAUAGUAAUUUUUUUUUUCUUUUUUUAUCAAACGCAUGUAUUUGGGUGUGUGUUGAAAGUGUGUGAAUUUAUACACAAUAGUCUAUAUGGCUCACUUGAUGGAUGCAGUCUUGUUCAUAAUUAAUAUCCUAAUUUAUUUUUUAUGAUACAUGUUGAUAAUACUUGAGUUUUCCUUAUUAUUCUAAUUUCGGCAAAAGCAUACAUUUGCCCCUGAAAUUUUUAGUUUUUAGUGUUUUUUUUCUAGUAGGAUUCUAAAAUUAUCAUUAUUUCAAAUAUAUCUCUGAAUCGUAUAAAAUCACUUCAUUUAAAUACUUGACUAAGCAAGUAAUUUAUUUCUUUAGACGUGGUAAAUAGGUAAAAAAAUUUUACUAACUUAGCAUUACUUGUAAUAUUUUUUAGAAAAUUUUUAAUUGAAGAGUUGCAUAUUCUUAGGUUUUUAAUGUAUUUGAAGUUUUCAAAGUAAUGUUAAUCAAGUUCGAUGAAAAAUUAAAUUUAGUGAAAUGAAAAGAAGGAUGUGAGAGAGUUUGUGAACCUUCAGCAAUGUUGUGGUCAAAUGUUGUUUGCCCACAACGUCAAUUAACUCGUGGAAUUUUGUCGAAGUAUUAUUUAUUUUUUAUUUUAAUUUUUUUUUUCAAGAUAUAAGACAGAAUGAUUUAAAGUGAAUGAUUUCAUAUUAAAAAUGAAUGAGAAUGAGAGAAAGAGAUAAAAAGAGUCACGUGAGAGAAUAUUAUAAAUUAUAAAAAUGAUUUAGAGAUAAGUGAAAAAGUAUAAAAUAGGAUAAAAAAGAGAAAUUUAUUAUUAGUUUAUUUUUAAUUUAAAAAAUUCACAUAUGUAAAUUCUUAUUCAUGUCAUUUUCUCAACAAGCCUAUGUUAUGUAAUUGUCGAUUGUCAUGCUAGUCAAGUAUUUAAAUGAAAUAAUUUUACAUGAUUCAAAAAUAUUUUCAGAACAAUCAUAAAUUUAAAAUUAAAAAAAUAUAAAAAUUUAAAAACAAAAAUGUGCUUUUUAGGUUCUAAUUUUGUUGAUACUUGAAUUUGACUCAUGUCAUGUCGGCACGCUCGCAGUCGACCGUCGACCAACCCAAAAAUCAAAGAUAAAACGUUUAUCUGUUCAAGAACUCUUCUUCUUCUUUGCCUUUUAUAAUAAUUUAUCCUGGUGUCGGCCAACUGAUCCAUCGCAAUGGAUGGGGCGGGGGGUAGAAACGUCCUUCCCUGUGGCGUUAGGUGGCCGUGUGAUAGAUAUAAUGUCGUUUACUUUAUUACAUGGCCUCUCAAUAAUGACACUGAAGGCAGGCGAGGCGUUAUUCUAGAAGAGUUAUUAUAACGAAACAGACCUGAGACCACAAAAAAAGAAAAAGGAAAGAUCUCUCUCCGUCCAGAAGAAGAAGAAGAAGAUCGGGAGAGAUCGGGGUCUGGCCAGAAGAAUCCUGAGUGGAGAUGGGCAAGAAAGCAGUACUGAUCGGCUGCAAUUACACAGG